AUGGAGACCCUGGAAGGAGCUGAACUCUGCUUUCCACAACUCCUCAACACCUCCUGCAGAAAGCCAAAGCCUCCUGACUCUGAGACCUUGAUCCUCUACAUCCUGAUGUCCUUAAUCGCUCUGCUCACUGUGGCUCUCAACCUGCUGGUCAUCAUCUCCAUCUCCCAUUUCAGACAGCUCCACACCACCACCAACCUCCUCCUCCUCUCCCUGGCUGUCUCAGACCUCCUUGUGGGCCUCCUGCUGAUGCCAGGUCACAUUCUCUUCACAGGCGCCUGCUGGUUCCUGGGUGACCUCUUGUGUGCUCUAUAUUACGUUGUCGACUUCAUCAUUACCAUUGCCUCGAUCGGUAACAUGGUUCUCAUAUCAGUCGACCGCUAUGUGGCUAUUUGUGACCCUCUGUGUUACCCCACCAAAGUCACUCAGAGGAGAGUUAAGAUCUGUGUUUGUCUGUGUUGGAUCUGCUCUGCUGUCUACAGCUGUCUGAUUCUAAGUGAUAGCCUGAGACAUCCGGGCAGGUCUAAGUCCUGCUACGGAGAGUGUGUCAUUGUCCUUAAUAACCUCGCAGGAGCUGUCGACCUUUUUAUGAGUUUUCUUGGUCCCAUUACUGUGAUCAUAGUUCUGUAUAUGAGAGUGUUUGUGGUGGCUGUGUCUCAGGCUCGUGCCAUGAGAUCCCAGAUUGUGUCUGCCACUCUGCAGCCUUCAGGGACUGGAACUGUGAAGAAAUCUGAGCUGAAAGCAGCCAGGACCCUUUUUGUUGUCAUAGUUGUGUUUGUAAUAUGUCUGUUUCCAUAUUUUUAUCCCUCUCUUACAGGCCAGGACACUUUGAUCAGUGCCUCAUCUUUGGCCUUUGACAUCUGGCUGUUUUAUUUUAACUCCUGUCUAAACCCUGUGAUCUAUGCCUUUUUCUACCCCUGGUUUAGAAAAUCUAUGAAACUGGUUGUUAGACUUCAGAUCCUGCAGCCUGACUCCUGUGAGGCCAACAUACUGUAG